AAAAAAAGAAAAAAAGGACAUUGACGAUACCAUAGGAUCGCGUAAACAAUCAUCUCCUUGACAACUGAGUAAGAUAUUACAGCCAAUCAAAAUUAUCUGACAAAAAGAAGAUUGUCAUGGCAGAAGCUGAAACUCAGCCCCCUACAGAAGAUACUCCAGCAGAUGAGCAGGAGGCUACAGAAGACGUUAAACCCAGUGCAGAGACAGGAGGAGAAGGGGAUGACCAAGUAAUACAACAGACAGAAGAAACUCAAGAACCAGCUGAAGAAAAUACCAACAAUAAUGCAGGAAAUGAUGGAGCUCCACCGGCAGAUGAAGGGGAGAAGGGUGAACCUGAAACACCUGCUGAGACACUGGAGGAUGAUAGUAAACCUGCUGAAGGUGGAGAAGAAGCAGUGACUGAAGAACAGUUGGGUGAUGGACAGGAGGAAGGGGAACCUGUGCCACAGAGAGCAAGAGGGGCGAUGCCUCCAUCGCCUGCUGAAGAGGGACAAGGACAAACAGAGGAAGAAAAGGAAGAGGAGGAGGUACCACAGAGGGCAAGAGGGGCGAUGCCUCCAUCGCCUGUUGAAGAAGGACAAGGAGGAGCAGAGGGAGCAAAAGAAGAGGAGGAGGUGCCUCAAAGAGCAAGAGGGUCGAUGCCUCCUCCACCAGCAGAGGAAGAAGAAGAGAUUCCACAGAGAGCAAGAGGGACGAUGCCUCCAGCACCUGUUGAAGAAGGACAAGGAGGAGCAGAGGAAGCAAAAGAAGAGGAGGAGGUGCCUCAAAGAGCAAGAGGGUCGAUGCCUCCUCCACCAGCAGAGGAAGAAGAAGAAGAAGAGAUUCCACAGAGAGCAAGAGGGACGAUGCCUCCAGCAGAGUCACAAGCUUCUGAAACAAUUGAAGGGGAAGCGGAAGAAUCCCAAGAAGACAAAGAGCCACCCAAUGAUGAAGGCAAAGAGCAAGGCACUCAGGAACCAGAGUUCAUGGAAUCUCCUGCACCUCAGGUCAUGCCUAACGGAAUUCCUAUACCACCAAGUGCCGGUCCACCUCUUCCAAAUGAAGUUCGGUCAAGAUCAGCUAAUAGUGCUCCUCAAGAUUACCUCAAUGUGGAUGUCACUCCAAAUGCUUUGAACAUGACCUGGUCAUUUGGGGUCAAUAAAUAUGUUCCAGCAAUCAACUUGACUGACCAGCAUAGGAAAAUGGUCAUCUAUGUCUGUGGCAAUACUGCAGUUCUCUGUAGUUAUGAUAAGAAUACACAGAAACUACUUCAAGGACAUUGUAACAACAUCACCUGUAUCUGUGCAUCUCAAGAUAAGAGAUGGGUAGCUACAGCUGAUAAAGGAGAGAAUAGUAUGAUCAUCAUUUGGGAUACCUUCUCAGGUACUCCUGUGCAGACGAUCUUUGACCCUCAUCCUGAUGGUGGUGUAGUGGGUAUUAACAUGACACAUGAUGCUAAAUACAUUGUCACACUCAGUGCAGCUAAGAAACAGACCCUUUCUAUUUGGGAUUGGACAACCAAUGGGGAAUACCCAGUGGCUAGCAAGGAAUUAGGAAUCAACUAUGGCCAGCAGACUUAUGUCAUGUUUAAUCCUGAAGAUCAUUAUCAAAUUGUUUCUAACAGUCCAACACAAGUCAUCUUCUACAAAUGGGGUGGAGAUAAGAUUGAAUUCUUUGCUCCUCUGUUAACUGACCAAGACUUCAACAGAGUAGUCGGUAAUUUCAGUCAGUCCAUCUUCUGUCACAACAGUACAAGAGCACUGACCGCUACAGCCGCUGGUAAUGUCGUCGUCUGGGAUAACAACAGACCAACAUCUGGACCUCCUAACUUGGAACCAUCACCGAACAAGAAAGCCUUCAAGCUUGUUAGACUUCAAGAGAGAGGUAUUACAGUCCUAACUACUACAGACAGGUUUGUGGUGACAGGAGAUGCUCUUGGUCAUGUAAAGUUCUAUGACCUUCAGCUUAGGAUGUCAAACUGGUAUAGUGAACUUAACGUUGGUCCUAUCAAUUCGGUCUCAUUCUCCUAUGUGCCAGACUUCAAAUCUGAAGCUAAACCGGACAGUGACUACCCAAAGGAUGCCACCAUUCAUGCCAAGUCAUUUGUAACAAGAGAUUACAUUGUAAGCACCUCUAAUGCUCAGGUCGCUCUAGUCAUUGCUGAUGGUGUACAGGUCAAGAUGAUAUUAGAGGAACAUGAUAAGCCUAUCCGUGCAUUGACAACUCAUCCUACACAGCCUUUUGUGGUGAUUGGAAGUUUUGCAGGCCUGUUGAAAGUCUGGAACUAUGAAACAAAACAAGUUGUAGCUUCGAGAAAGUUCCCAAGAGGUAACCUGAUCAGAUGUGUUGGCUAUGAUCCAACUGGAUCCUUCUUAGGUGUUGGCUUUGAGAAUGGCUGUGUUAGAAUCCUUGAUGCACUAACCCUUAUCGAUGAAAACCCAGAACCAUUCCGUUACUCUCGAGAUGCUGUUACCCAUGUCACCUUCUCACAUGAUUCUAAAUGGAUGGCAACAGCUGAUGCCGAUUACUGUGUGACUGUUUACAAGGCAGAGUCUCCUAACAGUCAAGAACCUUGGAUAUACAUGGGCAAACAUCGAGCUCAUUACAAACAUAUCAAGGGUAUCACAUUCGGGGUCGCACUGGACUCUGGGGCAUCAAGAUUACUGUCCCUUGGAGAGGACAGGUCAUUGGUUGAGUAUAACUUGAAGACGGUAGCUAAAGAUCAUCUAGAGGUAAUGUCAACUGAUCGUAUUGAACAGAGUGCUGUACCACAAUGCUUUGCUUGGUAUCCACCUAUCACAAAGGAGCAGUUCUUCAUCACAGCAAACAAUCAGUUUAAAUUCAAGCUGUUUAACACAACAACAAAGAUGUGCAGAAGAACGACGUUGGCCCCCACCUAUGGGAGCCCUAUUCAACAGAUUGCAGUGCUGCCAUCAGAAGAUCCUGUUAAUGAUCCUCGAUAUAUGGCUUACGUGACUAAGGAUAAGGUGGGACUACAUAAGAUGCCACCUGAUGGAAACCCCCACAAUGCAAUGGCACUCAUCGCACAUCCUUCAGGGGUGACCAACCUAGCAUGUAGCUAUGAUGGUAAGCAUGUCUUCACGGCUGGAGGUACAGACUACUCUGUUCACAUGUGGGAUACCCACUUCAAUGCUCUGGAAGCAGCAGUGAAGCUUGGUGGUGAUGAUUUGAUACCAUUCUAUGGAUUGAUGGAAGGAGGUAGGGAAGGAGAACUCUUCAAAGAAUUGGAGAAUUACUUCUACUAUGCACAGAUAAGGAGUCAAGGAGUUGAUACGAUGGACACCCGUCAAGUCUCUACGGUGAUACCGUUGUCUGAGAUUCCUUUUGUGAUGCGAGCGAUGGGACACUAUCCCAGUGAACAGGAGGUUGAAGACAUGCUCAAUGAGAUCAAAUUCAGCGAGUAUGUCGACACUGGAGAGUAUGUCACACAGAUUGAUCUUGGAACUUUCAUCAAACUAUAUGUGAACCAUAGACCAGCAUUUGGUAUAAGUGAACAGCAGCUGAACUGGGCUUUUGAUAUCUUGGGUUAUGCUGAAGAUGAGACUGUUGAGCCUGAGAUAGAGAGAGGAGAACUUCUGGAAUUACUCCAAACAAAAGGAGAGCACAUGACUGAGGUAGAGGUCGCGGAGUACCUGACCACCUUACUAGGGGUCAACCCUGAGGGCGGUAGCUCGGAGCUUGGAGGCUAUGACUCUGCUGGAGCUCAAGAUAUCUUGGAAGAUGCUUUGCCUGAGGGAAUCACUGCCUCCAUGUUUGCAAUGGAGCUCUUAGGGUUUGGUGGAGCCGCAGAGCCAUCGGAAGGAACAGUCAGUCCAACAUAAUAAGAUGUUGAGAUUAAUAAUCAUCAAUAUUUUCCAUUAGUGGUAACAUGAAGGAUAGGAGAAUAUUGAAGAACCUGUGACUUGAAAACUCAAAACAUUCAGUUCAAUUACCGAAGAUGGAUGCCCUUGAAGAGAGAAUUACACCACAGAUUUGUCAGAGAUAUAGUGCAACAUUGACAUUGUUGAAGUUUAUAUUUUAUUGCAUCCAAGUUUCUUAAUUCCUGGCUCUGUUUAUGAUAAAAUGCUAUGUUACAAAAGUGCAAGCUACUGCAGUGUUUUGUUGGAUUGCCUAAGAGCAUGAUUAUCAUGAAAUCCAAGCAUUGUGAUACCUAAUAUCAAAUAGAACACAGAUAAAUUAAAACAAAGGAUAAAAUAAUCCCAGAACAAUGUGACAGUGUAUUUUUUUUAUUUUACUUAUUUUACCUAACCAUGGUAUACUUUAUAUAGCACCAUUUAUCUUGAAGUAAUCAAUGCAGAGGCAUACCUGUACUACAAUAUUUUACUACAGCUUUAGCUUGAGCUUCUGCUUCAAGCGCUCAUUGCAUUUAAGGAAUUAAUCCUGCUGAAUAUUAAAUAGUUAAACCUCACCUGGGUCAAGUGCAGCUCAAUGGAUAAAUUAUCUUUUGAAAGAAAACACACCAUUACAGUAAUAAACAGUCUAAGAUAUAAAGGAUCAUAAGAACUAAUUCAGAGAUUAAAUAUAAUGCUAGGAAAUGUAUACCAUAGUAAAGAAACCAUUAAGAGUAUGAAAUAUAAUCCUAUUAUAGGUCUAGCACUUAACAUAAUAUGCUGAGUGCUAGAGCUAUUAAUAUGAUAACAUUUCAUAUUCUUAAUGGCUUCAUUACUAUGGAAUACAAUAUUAGGAAAUGCUUAUUUAAAUAAUUAUGUAUUAUACACAUUUACAAUAUUUUUGUAAAUGUGUAUAGUACAUUCAUCAUUUAAAUAAGCAUUUCUUAACAAUGUUAGUAAUUGCAAUUUGGGGGGCAUUGUAGCAAUUAACUGGGUCCAUGAAUGUGAUUGUCUGGCCUUAUGCAUUUGAAACACAGAAAAUUUUGUUUGAGUAAAGUUGUACAUGAGCUUUACUCACCAAGAACUUGCAUGGGAUAUGCUAUUGUAAAUAAAAUGUAAAUAAGGAUUUAAAAUGUAAAUAAGGAUUUAUAUUUAAACAUAGAAAUAUGUAUAUUUUAUCUUAGUGAAUAGGCAGGUGAUUUUAGAGUCCACUGUAUUGAUGCAGGCCGUAGACUAUGAUAUAAGGAUAUCAUAGCAGAUGUCAUAUGCAUAUUAUAUAACUAUAUUGAUAUCCGUCCAGGCAUGCACAUGCAUCUAUCUCAUUGAGAUACACAUUUGUAUUGAUAAUUGUAUUUAUUGAUGAACUUCACACCUUGAUAUGCAUGCAUGUAAUAUAACUGGAGAGAUCGAAAGACAGAUGUAUAUUAUCAGAAUGUUAUAUUGGUAUUAUUGACUUUAAUAUUUGCCUCUUUCUUGUGUGUGUUGUGAUGAACUGUAUAUAUAUCAAUCAAGAAUUAAAAGAUUCAAUAUCAUUGA